CUGGGCGGCCUGGGCGGCCUCGGCGGCUCGGGCGGCUCCUCGGGCUCCGCGGGCUCCGCGGGCGGCCCCGGCGGACGUGGGCGCGGCGCGGCGCCCGGCCCGGCUCGCCCUCGCCGGCGGGGCGUCCAUGGCCCCCGGGCGCCGGCGGGGCGCGGCCGCGGCCUGAGGGGGGCCAUGUCCGGGGUGGUGCGGACCCUCAGCCGCUGCCUGCUGCCGGCCGAGGCCGGGGCCCGCGAGCGCAGGGCGGGCGGCGCGCGCGACGCGGAGCGCGAGGCCCGGCGGCGCAGCCGCGACAUCGACGCGCUGCUGGCCCGGGAGCGGCGCGCAGUGCGGCGGCUCGUCAAGAUCCUGCUGCUGGGCGCGGGCGAGAGCGGCAAGUCCACCUUCCUCAAGCAGAUGCGCAUCAUCCACGGCCGCGAGUUCGACCAGAAGGCGCUGCUCGAGUUCCGCGACACCAUCUUCGACAACAUCCUCAAGGGCUCCAAGGUUCUUGUGGAUGCACGAGACAAGCUUGGGAUCCCUUGGCAGUAUUCUGAAAAUGAGAAGCACGGCAUGUUCCUGAUGGCCUUUGAGAACAAGGCCGGGCUGCCUAUUGAGCCGGCCACCUUCCAGCUGUACGUGCCCGCGCUGGGCGCGCUCUGGAGGGACUCUGGCAUCAGGGAGGCCUUCAGCCGCAGGAGCGAGUUCCAGCUGGGUGAAUCGGUGAAGUACUUCCUGGACAACUUGGACCGCAUCGGCCAGCUGAACUACCUGCCCAGCAAGCAGGACAUCCUGCUGGCCAGGAAGGCCACCAAGGGCAUCGUGGAGCACGACUUCGUCAUCAAGAAGAUCCCCUUCAAGAUGGUGGACGUGGGCGGCCAGCGCUCGCAGCGGCAGAAGUGGUUCCAGUGCUUCGACGGCAUCACGUCCAUCCUCUUCAUGGUGUCCUCCAGCGAGUACGACCAGGUGCUGAUGGAGGACCGGCGCACCAACCGGCUGCUCGAAGCCAUGAGCAUCUUCGAGACCAUCGUCAACAACAAGCUCUUCGUCAAUGUCUCCAUCAUCCUCUUCCUCAACAAGAUGGACUUGCUGGUGGAGAAGGUGCGGACGGUCAGUAUCCAGAAGCACUUCCCGGACUUCCAGGGCGACCCGCACCGGCUGGAGGACGUGCAGCGCUACCUGGUCCAGUGCUUCGACAGGAAGAGGAGGAACCGCAGCAAGCCGCUCUUCCACCACUUCACCACCGCCAUCGACACCGACAACAUCCGCUUCGUGUUCCACGCCGUGAAGGACACCAUCCUGCAGGAGAACCUCAAGGACAUCAUGCUGCAGUGAGGACGGCCGCCACGGGGCCUCGCCUCGCGUGGGUGAGGCCUGGGAGCGCGGCUCGCUCCCUU